GCGGGGUCUGAAAGAAAGUAUAAAAUCCUUAAUAUUCUCUAUUAAUAGCCGUUAUUGAGCACCAUUAACCGUUACCCAUCACUAUUAUCCGCCGGGGAAAUUAGAAACUACCUCAGAGUACAGUGACGUGGAUUAGUGAUCAAAGCGUAUUUUCAGAAAUACUAUUAUUUAACGUUCUGUCAUUGAAGACAAAGUGAACGUCAUUUCAGCUGUCAUUUAACAUUGUCUCAAGACAAAAUAAUGGCUCCCACAAAAAUGAAAUUGCGGAUGCGAAAGAAGGAUGGAGCAGGCAAAGUGUCUCAGGCCAUGUCGACAGAGGCUUCCCCGGACUCCAAAUGUCCCAUCUGCCUCGAUCGCUUUAACAACAUGGCCUACCUCGACCGCUGCCUGCACAAGUUCUGCUUUCGCUGCAUCCACGAGUGGUCCAAGAACAAAGCGGAAUGUCCUCUAUGCAAGCAACCCUUCAACUCCAUCUUCCACUCCAUCAAGGCUGAGAAUGACUUUAAGGAGUUUGUGCUGAGGCCUGCAGAAAACGGCUCCUUUGGCAGCCCAGAGGGCCGCAGGUUCAGGUACCGCACCACACAGACGUGGGAUCGCAGGCAGUCCCAGAGGAGGCCGUCGCCCCCCCCAGAGAACGUGGGAGUACUUGAGGGGCUGGCGGCCACUGUGCCCCUGCAGCAGGACACCGCGUUUCACCGUGUGAUGUCCGUGAUGGCUGCACGCCGACGAGCUCAGAGCGAGGGCAGGACGGCGCGCCACCUACGUGAGCAGGAGAUGGUGUCAUUCCGGCGCGCACUGUAUCGCACAGGGGUGCGGGUCCGUAGCGUGCGUGAUGGCGGCCGCUACAGGGACAUCUCAGCCACCUUCUUCCAGAGGAACCCGGCGUGCCUGCACCGGCUGCUGCCCUGGCUGCGGCGGGAGCUGAUUGUACUCUACGGCAGUCAUGGCUCGCUGGUCAACAUAGUGCAGCAUAUCAUAAUGUCUCGCAUCACCCGCUACAACAUGGAGGACCAGGCUAUCCAGGAUGAACUGCGGCCCUUUCUGUUGACUCGUACCGAUCAUUUUUUGCAUGAGUUUAUCAGUUUUGCCAGGUCCCCAUUUAAUAUGGAGGCCUACGACCAACACGCUGUUUAUGACUGUCCUGCACCGUCCUAUGAAGAGGGCAGCAGCUCUGACUCCUCUGUCAUCGCCAUCUCUGAAGACGAGGUCAAUUUUGUGGAUCUCAGCCAGCAGCCCAGGUCUGCAGAGGGUAGUGCUUUAAGCCAGGCCCCGUGGGAUGACGAGACUCCCGGGCCAUCCUAUUCGACCACAGAGCAAACAGAGGCCCCCAUGGUAUCCACCAGCGAGUCGGAGUCUGCCAGCAGCAGGGAGGGGCCCACUGAGCCCAGAAACACUCAGCAGCAAAAUACGCAGGUGAAGAAUGAUCCGAUUGCAAACAACAACGGGGAGGUCUCUUCAGGGGAGGACGAUUGUGUCAUCGUGGGCUAUGUGAAGCCCAUGGCAGAGAGGACACCAGAGCUGGUGCAACUGUCCUCUGAUUCUGAAGAGUCUGUCCAGCCUGAAAGUGCAGAUGUCCCUCAGGAGUCCCAGAGCAUUCGCUUCCCCAGCCUCAGUCCUCCAUCCUCGAUAUGCUCCUCUGUGUCCAAACACAAGUCCCCACAAAGGCGGGAGCUGUCGGCUGGAAGCGCUGGGCUGGACCGGCCAAAUUGGACCCCCUCGGACCUCGAGCAUAGGUGCUCACCUUCUAAAGAGGAAUUUUCUGAAAUGGGCACAGAUGGUGCCUCCAGUAGGGAGAAAUAUCUGGUGACUGAGACACAUACUCCUAGCAGGGAUGAUAAGAGGCGCCAGAGAGUCAGUCGAUCUGGAGAAUGCUCGCGAUCCAGAAGUAAGGAGAGGUCGCGUCGGAGCCAUAGCAGGCACUCAAGAAGCACAGAGCAGAGCUGGUCAGUGAGAAGCCCGACAGUCUCUGUGAACAGCGACAGCACACACUCACGAGACAGAAGGUGCUCAAGGUCCCACAGCAGGGAGAGGCUGCUGUACAAAGAUGGCUCACGGAGACGGGACAAACACCACAGUCGGUCCAGACGCAGUCAUGACACGUCAUACUCCUACGGCUGGGAGCUUUACAGGCACUACAGUCGGGAGCGGGAGAGGACUGACGCAGGCUAUGGGCAGGACAGGUCCUGGUCCUCCAGUCUCUACUCAAAUCCCAGUAAUGGUGCACAUUCACAAAGACAUGGGAGUCCCCGGGAAUCCCACCACAGGGAAAGGCGGCGUUCCAGGAGCCGGUCCAGGAGCCGGUCCAGCAUGAGCUCCCGUGGCUCUCGCUCAUUGUACCGGAGCUCCCGGGAUGACAAGCCAGGGGGGAAAAGGAAAUACAAGACCAGGCACUUGGAGGACACCUCGAAGGAGCGCUCCUCCAGACAUGAAUCAUCCUCCUCAAGCCUCAGGGAGAAACGGGGGAGUGGCGAACGACACCGCAAGAAAUCCCAUAAGAGGAGGAGUCGCAGCCCAAGUGUCGAGAUCAUCUUUGAAGGCCGAGCCACGGGAGAGAGCAGGAGGCACCACAAGAAGAAGAAGAAACACAAGAGGAAGAGCCGGCGGCACCGGAGUGCCGAGAGGCUGCCGCAGCGCUCACCCACGGUCAUCACCAUCGACAGCGACAGUGACCAUGCUGACACCAGCCUGGUCCCCCCUACCAGUAUGGAAAGCCACCCUCCCGACAGUGCAGCUCUCCCCGUUGACACAAGCCUGUUGGAGUCCAUUCUGCAGGACUUGGAACAGCAUGUCAUGUCGAUCGACACAAACAGUAGCAUGGACGUUCUGAACUCUGAAGGCACCUUUGAAGGCAAUAAAGAUGAAACAUUGCAUAUGGAGAGGGACGAGAGGCCUGUUCCUUCAAGGGGCGACACUAAUACUGGAGUGUCCUCGAUCACAGAACAGGGCAGAUCGCUAAACUCUACGGACUCUAAUGUAACCAGCUGCUGCCUCUGAGACUCGGUCAAGUCUGUUCUUUAAACAUGCCUGUUCAUGUCUGAGGGCUUGUGUUCUGUGGGACGUUGGCAGUUAAACCUGGAUCAGCACCCUGACACUGUACAGCAGCUCGUGACACAUGCAGGAGCCUCUUCUUUUUAAAAGACGCUGAGCUUUGGAUACUUGUUUGUCCAGUGCUGUUUUAUUUAUGUGACAGUGUAUUCUCUGUCUUUUAAUAUUUAAGAGGAGUAACUGAUUUAACUUACCAUUCCACACACAUUUAUAGUAUGUUCAUGUGCUGUACUACUCAGGGAAAAGGGAAGGCAGAUACUCACCACACACCCACAAGUCAACUUGACAGCUGUUCUGCAGUUCAGCAACAAUAAAGGAUCCGGUCAGACAUCUUGAUGGUGAAUUUUGCUCAUUUAGGGAGUAUUUGAGCAUUUUGUGUUGCUAACUACAAUAUUAAAAAUCCUGAUGAGAGAGAGCCUUGAAAUAGACCUUAUUAGAUUUUUGUUGUGAAUCUCAAUAAAUGAUUCAAAAUAACAAUUGCCUGUUUCCCCAACAUUCCCAUCCUUUUUCCUGUUUUAAAAUGUAUUAGUUUUUGAAUUUAUGUAUUUUUUUGUAUCUUGGAUAUUUCCCUUUUCAGGUGUAAAAACUAGCCAACCAUACAUUUGAAUUUCAUCUAUGCCUAUUUGAAAACAACGUAUCCCAAAGCUUUUCAUUAUGCAGUAAAAUACUGGUCUGAAAGA